UUCGAUUCAAAAUGGCGGCCUAUAAUGGGCACUGCGGGGUAAUAUCGUUCAAUUCCCCGCGAUAAAUGAGCCCGUGUGACGGUAACUAAGCGCGGUGUGUGCGUAAGUACCGGGUCUAGGGUGUACCAGGAAUGUACACUUUUCUUUGGAUGUUCAAAUCAUGUGAGCAUAAUCACAGUGCCAGCCGAUCGUGUGUCGUGCGUUGGCCAAGUUUGUGUAGCCAUAUUUAUUGUGUUAUUCGAUGAGACGUUAUAUCUUUUUGUACACCGGCAAAUGUAAUCAGUAUUCAAGACAUAUGGCGAUAUAUCGACGAACGUGAAAUUAUCGGUUUAGUAAUUAUCGCUGGCAGGGAAUGCAGCGAUUAAAUCAUCUACGACAAAGACCAAUAUGCACGGACGAAACAUCUAAGGACCCUAUCAUAAUAGGUCAUGAAAAGACGCUACACUAGGUUCUCUUCGAUUCUUAAAAACCGACGCACAUUUGUUAUUUGUUUCUUUUUCUAUAGACCUCUAUUUCUACACUUUCUGAGCAGCACGAUUCGUAUAAAACAUCGAACAACACUGAUUCUUUUGCUACCUCUGGUAGCAUACAUUCUAUUGUUUUGGUGCCGGAAGGAUAUUAUAAAAACAAUAAAAUGGAGAAACCAUUGUAUCAUAUUGUCAGCCCAUAUUGGAUGAAAAUUUAUAGUCUUUAUAUACAGUGAAAUAGUUUUUGGUAUACCUUUUUUUUACAUAACACCAGGACUGGAUAUACAAAAGUUAUAACAAAAAGUUAUGUUAUGAAUAUUAUAGAAUAUAUGAGUAACAUUUACAUAGAAGAAAGUCUGCUGUACGUGGACCAAGCAGGCUAGGCACUACCGUGCCAAGUUUGGGUAAUGGAUCCCGUUGGUCCAUGGUACACAUCAUAUAAUCGUCUUACGGCAAGUAGUGCAACCAAUACGUUUCAGUCAACAACCUCGAGCACAAGCAGCGAUUUUGUAUCUCAUCACUUAGCAACAGCUGCUAGUCAGGCAGUUCCAUCAACCACGUCGCAAUUAAUCUUGCAAGCAGCGCAUACAACAGCAACUCUGGCGGGUCAGCCUUCUCCCUUCAACCCAGGGGGAUUUUUAUCUCCACCCCCUGUGGGAUAUGAUGUCUUUUCACCUCUGUUUCACCAUCCUAAUCCGAAACAGGCUCAUUAUGUUACGCAGCAUAGGCAAGCUCUUGCUCAAGCUCAGGCGCAAGCUCAAGCAGUAUCGGUAACAAAACAAAAUACCACAAGUGAAUCUGAGAUUCCUAUAUUGAGGGAGAAUUAUAGCUCGGCACAUCAACCAACAUUCUUCGAGCAUCAGGGUACAGCAGCUACAUCACCGACAUCUGCGCUAGCCUGGUCUCAUCAAAACAAUGCGCAAUUACCUAGUCCUUUUGGGAUCUUACCACACGAAAGUGUUGUUCCAUCGUCUCCAGGCCCAUCAUCUGCAACAAAACCUGCUGCUGGUGUUUACGAAAACACGUUUAAUUCUCAUUUUUCUACCAGUCAACCUAUCAAUAAUAUCAAUUCUCAGCUGCCUUCUCCUUCUGUCUCUACUGCAGAGUUCAAGUCAACCAGUUACUCAGAUAGUAAAAAAGCUAUAAAUGUUAGAGCUCAAUCGCCAACAGUAAAUGUUAAAUCGGUGGUUCCUACAUCACAAACGAGCAGUAAUCAAGCAUUUUUCCAACAAGUACCUACAACCUUUAGCUCUGAAACAUUAUCAAAUAAUUACUCUACAACUAAUGGAAAUCAGACAUCCAAUGGAAAGGUGCAACCUUCUCUUCAGCAUCAACAAUCUUGCAUUGUUUCUGCUCCAAACAACACAACUGGAAAAGAGUAUAGAAUUCCACAGCCACCUGCCAGGUCAGUUGCAUCUACAACUAUAUUUUUGAAUACAUCUGUCAGAUCUGUACCAAUCCAAGUUCAAGAUAAACCUUCUACUCGAAACAGUAACUUCCCUUCACCACCGAACAAGAUAACUACUGUAUCUCAACAAAGCAUUCAAACGAAAGCUCAGACAAAGAUAUAUCCAGAAUUGAAUGCUCACAGUGAACACAGGCGAAAUGAACAAACGUCGCAAGAUAGCACACAAUCGUCGCCAAUUAGUUUUUCUAUUAUGGAGUCACGGAGCUUAAACUAUACAGCUGGUAAUAACACAAAUUGUUCGAGUGCUAGUGGGAAAAUUAAUAAUCAAAGAACUCAACAACAACAAUCGAAUAACAAUUUGCAAACCCAUUCUCAACAACCACAACAGCAGCAGCAGCAACCACAGUUUCAUGUUUUGAGUCAGCAGCAGCAGCAAACAUCGUAUAGACAUUAUCUGACAGGAUCUGAUUCUGAAUAUCAUCAUUCGGGCAGACCAAAGACUGCAGGUUCAACUGACUCUACAUACCCACCUAAUAAUUCUGCCCAGAAUGGACCUGACUGUAGCGUUGUGGUACCACGAAGACCAAGUCCGUUGCAAGCUCAUUCGCAGGCAAGUCCUUUGGGACAUGUACCAAGCCCUGCUUACCCUAUGUACAAUAGUCCAAUGACUGCGAUGUCAUCUCCUUCUCCUUUGCAACAACACACAGAAAAUAAUGGAAAUCAGUGCACAAGUGGACCAGCCUACAAAAGUUCUGUACAACAAGUUACACCACUGUCGCCAUUGGAUGUUACUGUGCCACGACCUGCUUCGCAGGGACAAGUUGUUUAUUCAUCGGUGAUCACACGCGCCUUAGGUACUGCUGAAACUAAAACGACGUACAAUACGGAUAAUAAAAAUUAUGACAGACAACAACAAGAUUUCUCGCAAACACAAACACAGACGCAAAAACAAGUAUGUUGGGAAAACGAGAAUCGUCACCCAGUGGGAAAUAGGAAAUUUUCUGUUGCUUUAUAUGCCGGUGGAAAUGCUGAAAUAAAUGCUCAAACUUUGCCAGUUCAGCAACAAGUGCAACGCGUGAUAAAUGUUUCCGAUAGACAACAAACGUAUUUUGAAUCGAAUCAAGUGACUUUGCAGGAUUUAAGUAGCUGCAGAGGAGAUCCUAUGAGUAUAGUGAAAAAUUUACAAACUUUACAACAAAGCUCGUGUCAAUUACAACAACAGACUACCGCCGUUUCUGUUGCUCCAGCUGAACAACAACAGAAACAAACGGAAGAACGUCGCAAGCUGGAUAGUGUAAGUAAAAAGAGAAAGAAUUUAGAAAAGUGUGGACACAGUUCUUCUUUGAACGAAAUUAGUGGUACGGCAACGGUGACAGAAUAUUUAAAUAGAAUACCUCCACCUGCUCAUCAUAAUACAAAUCAACAGCAACAAAAUGGCUAUUUCGAUUUUGAAAGAUGGAAUUUACCACCGCCACCCGCGAAAAUGUUUCCUGGCACAUCAGGUGCUUUCAGUUCGCAAUCAACCUUACACCACUCUAGUAAUUUUGUUGGUACACCGGCGCAUCAGCAUCAGUCUCUGAUGGUUUCUCAUCAUCACGCGCCGCCGCCAAUUCCAUAUUUUCCUGCUUUUCAUAUUCCUCCGAGUCAUCAUCACUCGCACGACUUUCAAUCUUCCGUUGAAAUCACACCGAUCGGUUUCGGUGAGAACACAGUAAAUCAAAAUACUAAUUAUAACCAAGAAGUUAGAGACGAUCAGCCUAAAGUAAUUGUUCCUAACAUUGAAGAAGAAUUAGGUUUUUUACAACAAAACCAACAAUCGCUUGAAACAAGUAGUGCGUUGAAUAAAGAUUUCAAACGACCCAACAAGGAUCCCAAUUCGGGAUUCAUGACUAGUUACUUGAAGUUCUUGCAAGGUGAAAGAGAACCGUCGCCUCCGCCCACAGUUCGAGGUGGUAGAAAAGCAACGUGGAGCAGGUCGAAACCUUAUGUCCCUGUAGAUACCACCAAAUCAACAGAAAAUACUAUGAAUGGUGAGGCGGUGAAACCGCAAGUGGAAAAACCACCGCCGCCACCUAAAGAGUCGCCGGUAAUCGAUUAUGCCAACGAUCCUCGGUAUUUUCCUUUGCCGAAAGAGCGGAAAAAGCAGAAUUUUGACUCUAGCGAUGAUGGUUUUACUAGUGAUGACGAUUUCCUGUUUCCGCCGAAGAAAUCGGAGAAAAAAGUAACAAAUGCGAAUACAGCGGAGACACCAACUGCUAAUAAAGCGGAAGGUAAAUCAAAAAAGGGGAGACCAAUUAAACCCGGAGGCCCAACGGACAGAAAAAGAAGAGCUGCCGCAGCAUCAUCUGUGCUGGAAACUGUAUCUCAUUCGUCAGUUGGUAAAACAUCGAAAAAACAUGAAGAAGUGGACCCAUUACUUCUACCUCCAAGACGAGAAACAUCGAGAAGAAAGGCAAAAGAGAAAACUACGGUAAAACAAUUUCUAGAUCGGCAACAGGGUAUAGAUUACUUUGAUAAUGACGAAGAGCAAGGUGACUCUGAUUCUGAUCCUGCCUGGACGCCAGCUGUGAAAUUAGUUGGGGAUGAAGAAGAGAAGAAGAAGAAGCGUGGCAGACCUGUUAUUACGAAAAAAAGUAGAAAAGUCAGAGAAGAAGGUGAUCACUGUUCAAGUGACAGUGUCGGUUCGAAAAUCAAAACUAGAAAGAAACACGAGUCGCAAUCGAAAAUUUCCAACGCUAGUGGGAAAUUGUCUUGCAAAAUAGACGAGAAGCUGUUGACGUCUAUCAGUGAUGAAGAUAUUGACAUUUCACCGUUCAAGUCUGGAGAAUUUGUUGUGAUAAAAGCAGAUUUGAGUGAGGAAUAUCCAGCGCUUUGGAGAAUAGAUGGUAAAACAUUACUUCAAAAAUAUGAACCAUUCAAGUCGAAUGGAAAAACAUUGUACAGAAACAUAUCCACGUAUUCGGGUUGGGCGCCACAAAAUCGCCACAUAUAUCAACAAGUUCCGGUAAAAUUUUGGCAGCAAGGCAAAACGGAAACUGUGGUAGAAUUUUUGAGGAAUGAAAUGAUCAUUGACGAUAUCGAAGGUAUCGAUAAAUAUAUGAAAGAAACCGAAAAAUAUCAGGAUAAUUUCGAGGUGUAUAUACAAACAUUGAUCUCGCAAGCUUUGGAUUCGAAUUUCCUUACAGAAAUAUUUCAAGAACAAGAUGAUUAUUUCUUGUCGAACGUUAAGACUGUCGACGAAAUAACAGAAGAGAGAAAACGUAGUCUACUGUCAACAACGAAAUGGCGUUUAAAUGUUGUGAACGCAAUAUCAACUUGGCCAUGUCUUAAUGUCCUUAAAGAUUUACCAUCCACGGAGUACAAAGGAAAAUCGUGCGCUGGUUGCCAAUGUUCGAAAAUUCACGCCAGAGUUUUACUGUAUGGUCAACCAUACAAUGCCACUACAUUGGAAGGUUCACCGCCUGAUCCAAGGAUACCUCAAGAAAAAGAUUUUUUACUGUGUCGUGUAUGUCAAGCGAAGGUAGCUUUGUACAAUAAAGUAGCGCAUCAAAAGUAUUUGAUGUUUUUGGAGUGUGCGAGAAGAGUUGCGGAUAAAAGAGUAGCAGACCCUAAUAAGGACACUACAAUUAUAUUAAACGAAUUAUUAGCGGAUGAAACAUGGCUUAAUCAGCUAUUCAAGGAAGUUAGAACUAUCUGGGCGGAAAUAGAUAAUUUGGAACAACAAACUAAAUCAAAGUCGAACACAAAGUCUACUUCAUCUUCUUCGGUGAACAGUUUGGAAGGAAAGGUUGAAAAUGUUUUAAAACCACAUACAACUGAAAUGACUGUUGAGACCUUUGAUUCACAGGUGCCUACACAGAAAGUUGAAAACAAUUCUGAGACAGUGUCUUGCGAGGUGCAACUAAACAAUAUACCAUCUUAGUGGUGCUAUGAUAAUCAUCAGUUUUGUUUAAUAUUUGAUGUCACAAGAUCGUUAGGAGAUUAGCGAUAAAUUGAAUUUAUGAAUAUAAAAUUAAUGACAGUUUCGAGACCAAACGAUUGAAUGAUGUAUUUUGAGGAUGGUAAAUGUUUAAAUCAAGUUAAUACUACAUGCUGUGACGAAUGGUGAAAUUAAAUAAUAUGUAAUCAAGAAACUAUGAUUAUGUGGAUAAGAAGUAGAUAACAGCGAGGUAAGUAAGAAAAUAUUUGCGCAUAAACAUCGGACACGUGUAAUAUAUUCAUCCCUUCGUAAGAAUUAGAAGACAGCCCUAACUUUGCCAUUGUAGUUGCAUAAUAAUAGAUUUACUGAAUAUUUGUGUGAAUAUAGACCUUUAGUAUUAGAAUUUGUAUCAUGAUAAACUUAUAUUAAGAUCAAGGUCUGAUGUGUAAUAAUCUGAUAAACUACGAAAGACAAAUGAUUAGGAUAAAGAAUGCAAAGUGAUAUGACGUUUUGAACGUCGUGACCUUCUCUAAUGUAUUUAUGUACGUCACACUCUUCAAAACCACGAAGGUCCAUUCUCUGUGAAAGAAAACAGAAAUUGUUACGCUGUUCGUUCCUCUAAAUGUAAUUUACAAAUUCAUUGUGCAUUUUAUGUAUAUAUACAUUUUAUGUAUAUAUACAUAUGUAUACAUACAUUAUAUAUGUAUAUAUAUACAUAUAUAUAUACACAUAAUUAAACUAAUUUACGUUUAUCUUUUUUAAUGAUUUGAUAAAUAUAUGAACGGUAGUUAUGUUCGCGUUAAUUUGUAUAUAAAUAGAUCAUGCAGGUAUAAAAUCUACACGUAUAAAAUACGUUAAAAACAUCAAGAGGUGUUCCAAGGUAGCAUUCUUUUAAUAAAAUGUUUUAUAGUAAAUGAAAUAUUUUGAAAAUAUUCUCUUAUUAAGAAAAACAGUAGAUAUCUUGUAGAACAUUUGUACAUAUACAUACAUAUAAAGGUACUUUUAAUAAGA